AGCUCUCACCCAUCCACGUCUUCUCAUUCCUCGACAAUGGAGAUCCAGGCACGACAGCUACUGGUGUCUGUUUUUGGCAUUCUGAUAGCGAUAGGUUUCGCCAAUGCCGCGCUGGGAGAGACAGCACCGCCGGUUGUUGUCGGCUUGGCCAAGUGCUCGGACUGCGCCAGGAGGAACAUGAACGCCGAGGCAGCUUUCAGAGGUCUUCAGGUGGCCAUCAAGUGCAAGAACAGCAAGGGGGCCUACGAGAGCGCAGCCGUGGGACAGGUGAACAAGUCCGGGGCCUUCAGCGUCCCGCUGGCCGCCGACGCCGUCGGCGAGGACGGGGAGCUCAAGUCGGAAUGCUUCGCGCAGCUCAUCCACAGCGCGUCGAGUGCGCCGUGCCCCGGGCAGGAGCCCUCCAGGAUCGUCGCCGCGCCACCCGGCCACACGGCCCACACCAACGGCAACGGGAAGACGUUCCUCGCGCUCGGCGGCAGGGUCUACCAACCGUCGCCCGAGUGCGCCUCGGCGUUCCUCUGCCACCCUUUCUUCCACAGCAUGCACCACCAUCACGUAGGAGUCCACACGCCUGUGGUUAUCCCGCACCUGCCCGUUCACGGCCACUCCGUGCCGCCUGUCACCAAGCCGCCGCCGGUAGACGUUCCUGAGCACAAACCGGCGCCGGUGCCCGUGCCGGACCACAAGCCUCCGUCGACGCCGCCGGUAGACGCUCCUGAGCACAAACCGGCGCCGGUGCCCGAGCCGGAGCACAAGCCUCCGUCGACGCCGGCGAACGCUGCACCGUCGACGCCCACGGAGCCGUCAGCGCCGGUUAAUUCGCCGCCGAAGCCAGCCCCCAUCUACCACCCACCGGCAAGGCACGACGCUGCCACUGGCCCGUAGCUCUUCAAGAGGCUGCUCCCGUUCUUCAAGAAGUUGCCCUUCUUUCCUCCUUCUGCGAUGGAGAGUCAGCACUAGAAUGUUUGGACAGUGUUUCUUGGCUUUUGCAGGUUAUGCAGUUUCCUCGGAAUAAUUUGUGACGUUGAUUAGUUCAGCAUGAACGUUGGGUCAGUUUAAGAGUGUGUGUUCUACUUCC